AUGCUGGGGUGCAUGCACCACUUCUGUAAGCCCUGUAUCAGUACCUACUGGAGGGGCACCCAGACACCGGUCUCCUGUCCCCAGUGUAGGAAGGAGUUCACCACCAAACAGUUUCAGACCAGCUGUCUGGUGACGGCCAUGGUGGAGAAGGUUAGGGCCUCCACCUCGGACUGUUACGUCAAGAAUAUAGAGGUGAGUUAG